AUGGUCGAAAGUGGUGUCCCCCAGGGUUCAGUACUGGGACCCAUUUUGUUCCUUAUCUACGUGGACGAUGCCGCAAGAGAUUUGGACUGUGAAGUAGCAAUGUUUGCGGACGACAUGAAGAUAUGGAGUGUAAUUCGGGGUCCUGCCGAUGAAGACAGACUGCAGAUGAACCUGAAUCGGUUGGAGGAGUGGUCAAACCGUUGGCUCCUGCGGUUCAACGUUGCCAAAUGUAGCAUACUUCGCCUAGGCAACACAGCCAGAUCCGCCAGCACAAGAGGCUACUUUCUGGGCGGUGCAGCCCUACAAGAGGUCGAAGCCCAAAAGGACCUCGGUGUGCUUACGACGAGUUCCCUAAAACCAUCCGCCCACUGUUCGAGGGUGGCAAAAACCGCAAUGUCCGUACUGUACGCCAUCAAGCGUGCGUUUAUGGACUUUGACGAAGAAGCCUUCUCUAAGACAUUCGGAACAUUCGUCCCGCCGCAUUUAGAGUACGGCAUACAAGCUUGGAGGCCGUGGGUGUUGUGGAUCAAAACUGCCUCGAAAGAGUCCAGAGGAGAGCCACGAAGAUGGUCAGGGGUCAAAGCUCCUUUCCUUAUGCGACUUGCCUAGUAAAUCUGAACCUCUUUCCUUUGAGUUACAGGCAACUUCGCGGAGAUCUCUUGCAAGCCUUCCGCAUUGUAAAGGGGUUGGAUUGCAGUCUGGCCUUCGAGGACUUUUUGAAUUUGCUACCACGACCAACCUCCGAGGUCACCCGUUAA